AUGAGCUCUUCAUCUUCAAACUCCUCUGCAAGUGCGGCUUCACACAUCCGAGCUAACUCAUCCAGUUCUAACUCAUCUUCGAGCGCAACAUCCUUCAACAAAGAAGAAGACGACUUUGCAGAUCUGCCUGACCUUCUCCCCAUAACCGACAACGAUGAUGAUGACGACUUGUCUUCCAGCUCCUCAUCUUCAUCUUCCAGCUCUGCCUCUGCUCCAGCCAGUCACAACCCUCAAUUGGACUCUGAAGAUGAUGCGAGCAAUGCCUCAGUUGUAGACUCCAGCUCAUUGUGCAGCUCAGACUCUGAUUUCAUACCAGCACCGAAACGUAAACCUGCAUUUGUACCUGCUUCUUCUGCAAAUCGCCAUACCAUGUCUGCUAUUGCUGUUGUCGAACAAAAUUCUUGCACAGACGCUCCCAUUCUUCACCCUGGCUAUUACACAAUCGACAUCUUUAAUGAAUUCAAUGAAGCUUUCGAAUCUUUCUUCCUGUAUAAGAAGAUAAAGCCUGAGGUGCAUGUCCUGAUGGCAUUCUCUGCACUCUGUGGACCUGCAAUGAAGUCGUGGAUUCGCCUGAUCUCUGCCUGCGAAACAGAUCCGGUGGCUAAUUGGACCUGGGACCAUUUCAUGGCCCAGCUCAAGGCAAAAUGGCUCUCGGAUAAUUGGUUCUUCCAAGUGAAGAAAACUCACAAUGCCACCCAAGGGAAGAGGCCUUGGUUUGAGUUCCAGUUGACUGUGCGUAGUGCCAAUGAGAAUCUGAUUGGGAUGCCAAGCUACCUUGAUGAUGAGGACAUGAGGUUACAUUUGGAGGAGCGCAUGUCCGAAGAUUUGGCUGAAGAGUACCUCAAGGCGAAUAGACAAGGGUGGUUGGAUAGCAUCACGGAUCUUGAUAAAUGGGUGGAUGAGAACACCGGUACUUCUUCCAUGAUGACCAACACCACCAUGGAGGUGGCAACGUCUUCGACAAACCAAGCUCCAUCAACUGCGAGUUCCUCUGCCACCAAGGGCCAGGGAUGCACUCAACCGCCAAAGUUGAUGGAGGGAGAGAAGGACUUGCUAGCUAAGCACUUGGGAUGUUUCCUGUGCUGCACAUUCUACACUGAUCACAUUGCUUCUGAUUGCAAAGCUGGUGCACCUGAUGUGCAAACCUACCGUACACUGACUGAAGCAGAUGCUAUUGAGGUGAGGAAGGCAUAUGAGGAGAGAAAGUCAUCUCUGAUGGCCGGUAUCGAACUCCACUACCCACCUUCUGCUCUCGAGGAUGAUGAUCACAUGUUUUGA